AUGUCGGCGACGACGAUGCUGGUGCUGUUGCUGGGUCUCCUCCUCGGCCUCGUUCGCUCCGAGGACCCUUAUAUCUACUUCGACUGGAACGUCUCCUACGGGACCAUCGCCCCCCUCGGCGUCCCCCAGCAGGUUAUCCUCAUCAACGGCGAGUUCCCUGGCCCCAACAUCAACUCCACCACCAACAACAACGUCAUCGUCAGCGUCUUCAACAACCUCGACGAGCCCUUCCUCUUCACCUGGAAUGGAAUUCAGCACCGAAAAUAUACGUGGCAAGACGGCGUGGCCGGCACCAAUUGCCCGAUCCUGCCGGGGAAGAACUUCACGUACCAUUUUCAGGUGAAGGACCAGAUCGGUAGCUUCAUGUACUUCCCAUCGCUCGGCAUGCAGAAGGCGGCCGGUGCCUUCGGCGGUCUCCGCGUCAACAGCCGCCUCCUCAUCCCGGUGCCCUUCGACGACCCCGCUGACGAUUACACCGUCCUCAUCGGCGAUUGGUACGCCAAGAGCCACAAGAUCCUGGCUAAAACUCUCGACGCCGGAAAUGCCAUUGGCCGCCCCGCCGGCAUCCUCAUGAACGGCCACUCAGGGAAGGACGCGUCCGGCAAUGACGAGGCGCCGCUCUUCUUCAUGGAGGCCGGAAAGACCUACCGCUACCGGGUCUGCAACGUGGGGAUGAAGGUGACCCUCAACUUCCGGAUCCAGUCCCACUCGAUGCUACUGGUGGAGAUGGACGGAUCCCACACGGUGCAGAACAAUUACGACGCCCUUGACGUCCACGUCGGGCAGUGCCUCUCCGUCCUGGUCACCGCCGACAGGACCCCCGGCGACUACUACAUGGUGGCAUCCUCGCGAUUCACCAAGUACAGCAUCUCCGCCACUGGGAUCAUCCGCUACAACGGUUCCAGCACGCCGCCGUCGAAGGACCUUCCGCCGGCUCCGGAAGGGUGGUCGUGGUCGUUCAAUCAGUGGAGGUCGUUCCGGUGGAACCUCACCGCCAGCGCCGCCCGCCCCAACCCGCAGGGCUCCUACCACUACGGCAGCAUCAACAUCACCCGCACCGUCAAGAUAGCCAGCUCCACCGGCAAGGUCAACGGGAAGCGGCGGUACUCUCUCAACGCCGUCUCCCACGAGGACACCGCCACGCCGCUCAAGCUCGCCGAGUACUUCGGCAUCGCCAGCAAGGUGUUCAAGUACGACAUCAUCGGCGACGAGCCACCGGCGGAAAACACGGCGAUCGAGAUCGCGCCCAACGUGCUGAACAUGACGUUCAGGACCUUCGUGGAGGUGGUGUUCGAAAACCCAGAGAGGACGACGCAGGCGUACCACAUCGAUGGCUACGCGUUUUUCCCGGUGGGGAUGGGGCACGGGAAGUGGACGCCGGAAAGCAGGAAGCUGUACAACAACCUGGACGCGGUGAGCCGGCACACGAUACAGGUGUACCAGAGGUCGUGGUCGGCGGUGCUGAUGACGUUCGACAACGCCGGGAUGUGGAACCUGAGGUCGGAGCUCUGGGAGAGGAGGUACCUCGGGCAGCAGCUCUACUUCACCAUCCAGUCGCCGGCGCGGUCGCUGAGAGAUGAGUCCGACAUCCCGGCCAACGCUCUGCUCUGCGGCGACAUCGUCGGCCUGCCGAAGCCGCCGCCGUAUGUCUGA